AGAUCACACGUUUCACAGCUGGGUAGAAAUGGUAUAUAGAAUAGGUGCAGCGGCAUACGGCUAAACUAUUCUCGUUCCGCUGUCAUUGGCCCUUGGAUUGCAGCAAUUUUUGGCAAUCUGCUGGCGAAGGGGAAUGCCACGAGCCAGUGUGAUGUAAGAGGGAGCGAGAAGCAGCGAGCCAGACAAAGUGAUCACGAUGAGUAACGUUGCAGGCCCACGAAAUGGGAAGGGAAGCAGGGGAAGCAUGUACGCAGGGGUAGGGCUAGGGCUACCGUGGCAGACUCAGAUCAGACUCAUUACGAAUUAUUGAAAAGUGAGGAAAUCCAGCAGGUACGGUAUCGUGCCUUGAAUCGUCUCAGUCAAUCUAGUGUCCCUUGGUCUCCACAUCUGGUAGAUCAGGCGAGAGGUUUUUUUUUCUUUCUUCCUUCGCCUGCUUGUCUAAUGUCGUGUGCGUGCGUGUCCAAGUCUCUCUCUCCUAUCGCCCCGUAGUGGUCGGUGUGUCGUUUCGGUCGGUUGGUGUGUUUAGUUCGUUUGGAUCGGUGUUUUUUCAUCGUGCAUUCGAACGUAUGCGCAAAUAUGCGAGCUCAACAUGUGUGCAAGAUCGCCUCUGUAUUUGUGAACAACAGCACGGUACACCAUCCAAUCAGUGUGACCUGCAGGUUACAUUAGUUUUUUUCUUGUUGCCUUUUCGUGUGUGGUGUCGAUUUUAUUCUUGCUAGGCCAGCCGGACACAAAGAUAGAAGGAAAGAUAAAAAAAGGUAAUUCUAUUUCACCCAUAUGGAUAGAAAGAGGUUUGCCAGCGGUGUACGUUCAAUGUGGCGGAUGAGCACACACAAUCACCUAGGAUGUAUGCGUGGACAAGAGCUGACCCCUAAUACACAUGGCAGUGCUACUUUUUCGGCUCAAGGCUGGAUCGGAAAAGAAAGAGCUGGCUUUCAAACGAUCAAACAUCGUUGAAAAAGUAAAAGAAGCGUUUAAAGUCUCCCCUGUCCCAGUGUGUGCACUUUGUGAUGUGAGCCAAGGAGCUGUGUGGCAGAUGCGUACCCCUUCGUGUGUGCGCCAGUGCUUGAUGAUUAUGCGACGCAAUGUUUCUUUGCACUACAGUGGUUGGUCCUUCUUCUAUCAACAAUAAGAAAGAGGGAAUAUAUUGACAAAAAUUUCAACGGAGAACGUUGCUCCCUAGCACACUUCCUUUGCUAACAUACAAUAGGUAAAUGUGAUACGGUAUUUUUUUUUAAAUACCGCGCUACCGUUGAAUGUGCUUCACGGCCUUUUUUUCUUUAAAAUCUAAUAGCCUAGCAAAAUGUAAAAUAUAAUCGCAGAAGAAUAUAUGAGCUACAGUAUGGCCGGCAUUCUUCAUCAUUUGCUGUAGAGUGGGUCAAGGUGAGAUAGUUUUUGCGCAUAGAAUGGAAUAGUUGCCACGAUGCCAUUGAAAAGGUUUUUUGCUCAUUCAAGUUUACACGCGCACGAUAGAUUGGGAAUCGGAAUUGAAAUAAUGGUUUUGUGAUGGAUUUCUACCACUUCUUUUUUUACUGCUACUGAGUCUCAGUUUUAAUGUUCCAUAUGUAAUCGUAAUUACUCGAACAAACAUCGAGCAGGCGGUGGAGUGCAUAUCGGCCCUGUUGAAGAAAUUGCAUGUACAUAGAGACACGAGCCAAUUGCAAUUGCAACAUAUUGAACCGCGCCGAGACAGUUGAAUUGCGACCAAAGUCAACGAGAGAAAGUGAUCAAAUGUUUUAAGAGAAAAUAUCCUCUCAUAAGAAUCCAACCAGUCGUCCAUAGCUGCAUCAGUCUACUAUUGCGAAACAUUUACUGUGGAGCACAACACUAAAGGCAACAGUAAGAACUGCCUAUCUCUCUCUACCCUCCCCCCAUUCCCCCAUCCCCCCCCCCCCACCUCCUCGCCAUCCUCUCUCUAUUACCUUAACGGGAUUGAUCACAGGAGGCAGUGGUGGCGUGUGUUGUCUUGUGUUUCGUAGGAAGGAGGAAAACCGGAUUCAUAGUGCAUUCAGUGUAGUGGAUUGGUUUGCUCGAGACCGCACUCUCGAGGCUGACAGUGGUUUUGAAUGUGCGUCUUUGCUGGCGAAGAAGUGUAGUGGUUUGUGCGGCCUCGGAACUAAAGGCGCAGAUAAUAGAACUGAUAUAAAGUGUGUGGCAUAUUUUGGCACCGCGAAGUAUAUUUAGUCGUCCAUCGUGUGAAACGCAGAAAAGAAAUAUUUACACGCGAAAAAGAUUCCGUUUGUGUCCGUUAGGCUAAGAUCUUGGUGUGUUGCCUUUUACCGUGCAGCUUUCGUAUUACGCGGUGCGAGAGAGGGAGCGAAAGAGCGAGCGAAGGAGUAGGUGCGCGCACGCGCUUUGAUACACAAGUGUGUGCGUAUGUGUGCGCGCUGCGCGUGCUGUUCGUGGGGUUGUGUGCGUACGGUACGUGUGCGUGCGUGCACACACGAGAGCGGUGUGCUUUUUGCGUGCUCUCCGGUCGACCCCGUGCGCGAGUGAGCGAGAGCAGCUGGGCUGCACACUGCCGAGAGUGUUGGAGCGCGAGCGAGAGAGCGCUAAAGAGUUGAACGAAAAGAUAAAAAGAAGAAAUAUUUCAUUGAAAAUUUAACGUGGCAAAAUCGGUGGAACCUCCAACGGCAAAGAGUGCUGUGUGUUGCUGCUUCGAGCAGAAAGUGAACGACGGGGGAAGUAAUAUAGAGCCACCGAACCACUGCACACACUGUAGUGCUGCUGUGCGCGCGCGUGUGUGUGUGUGUGUGUGUGUAGAGCAAAGGGUGGCUCACCAAAAUAUAUCGAAAUAACGACGAAAUACGGGUGCAAUAUUGCGAAUUCCUGUAGUAUUGCACACAGUGUAGGUGUAUGUGGCAUUGCAGUCGUCAAACGUGUCAAAAGCUAAGAAAGUGAAAAGAAGUGUCCAGUGAUCAGUAGCAAGAUCAGCAACGGCGCAUAUCGCAGUGUCUAGAAUUAGUGCACUGGUGUGCUGUCACGUAGUCCGUAGCUGCUGCCUUCGCGACGAUUCCACUACAGAAGCAAAUUGGCAGCAAAGUAACAACACCGUGUGCGGUUUCGUGUGUAGUUGUGAGCGGCUACUACUAUUGUUGUUGGUUGUUACUGUGGAAGCUGAAGGUUUGGCCGACCGACAUAAACGGUGGUUGUUUUGCAACAACAACAACAACAACAACAACAUCAACAGUACACGCAGUAGCAGCAGCAGCAGUAGCAACAGCAGUAACAACAACACAACCAACAACAAGAACAACAACGACAACGGUUGCUGCUACCUUGCAUUGCUCACUCUAUAUAUAUAUAAUAUAUACACACACGCAUACAUUUACAAAAUAUACAGUCGCCGUUCUCUUUCGACCGUCCCUUGUCUUGUCUGUAUGCUGCCCUGGCGCAAGGUUGCUGAGCGGUAGUGCAACCAUUGUUUUCCUCUGCAGCAUAGGCUGCAAGACGCAGAAAAGGCACCGUCUGCUGCCACGAGCGAGCACCUAGUCGUCGCUCAUCCUAAUUCUUCACGCACACCUGUGCCCAGUGCCAUUACGACCACCACCAUUGGUUCCAUCUGGUUAUCAGUUGGACAGAGUGCAGCACCCCGUUGCCAAGAUGGCUGCUUUGUGUGCUGGAAGCUAUGGAUUGUCACAGCAAGGCAGCCUGAACGAUGAGAACAAGGAGUUGAUUUUCGUCAAGCUGACCGACUCGGCUCUGCGAGCCAUUGAAGAGUUUCAACGCACGCAGGCAAAAUUAGGUACUUCCCACAAUCCAUCGAUACAGUUUCUUCAGAAUGGCCAAGGCUUUCUAUCGUUUCCUUCCGGAGGCAACAAUGUACAGAAGUUUAACUUCUCCAUUACCGACAUUGACACUGGUUCGAUCGAAUGCAUUCAGCAGGCCCAGGGCCAGCUACAAAAUAUGGGCCAUAUUCCACACAAAAUGCGGAUACACGCAAACGAUGAUGUUUACGAAACCACGAGGCACAGGCUUGCCGCCGCAGAAGAAAAUCAAAAGAACAAGUGCACUAGGGAAAUCAAACCUAAUCAAACAGAUAUUGGGCGUAAAGUGAAGUUAAAAAACCCAGCCAUCCGUAACAUUCCUAGUAAUAAUACAGCAGUUGUAAACAAACGUGAUUCUAUCUAUAGUAACAAUUCUGUGAAUAAGACAUCCUCCGUAGCAGCAAGCCAGCUAUCAUCUAAUAAUAGUGUUAAUAGUUAUAACAACCUAGCAACAUCACCAAAACUAGCUAAAACUAACGGUCUGCAUCAGUCGUCCCAACAACAACUACAGUCUCAACAACAACUGCAACAGCAACCUCUGCAACAACAGCCACAAUCGCAGCAUCUGCUUCAACAAAACAAUCAUCAGUCACAACCACCAACUCAACUGCCUCCUGUGCAGGCGAAACCCGGAUAUCAGCAUACCGUUCAUGAUCCGCCUAAUUCGCAGCAGCAACACGUACCGAAGCUGUCUGAGAAUGGAAACUCUCAGAGUAGGGUAGCGAAUGGAAGGCCAAAGGCUGCGAAUCCAGAUUACAUGAAAUGCAACAUAAAAGAACGUCUUAUUCAUAUGCUAGCAUUGAAGCCAUACAAACGGCCAGAGUUGGUUGUAAAACUCCAGCAAGAUGGAGUCCGUAAGGAAGAGAUGAAAUGUACUCAGCAGAUACUAAAAACCAUAUCCAGCACCCGAGACGGAGUUCUUAUACUGCAUCGGAACAUAUGGAAUGAAGUACAGGAUGAUUGGCCGUUUUAUUCUGAACAAGAUCGACAAGCCGUAAAACGGAGGAGGCCACAAAACUUGACGCCUCCUCUUAGCUCAGACGGUGGCUCAUCAACUUCUGGUCAGAGUCCUUCUAGUACACAUAACGGGAAUAGUCCUCAAUCGGGUAGCAAACGAGCUGUGCUUGCGGGCAGUGAAGAAGUUGGUUCUACUCCCACUGCCAAAAAGCAACGAAUCAGUCAUUACAAGAAAGAAACUACUUCGGAUCAUACGAGUAGACGCGGUAUAACAGAUUCCAGAGACAGUAGCAAUAUGAAUCCACGAUCCAGGGAACAAGAUGAUCACAAAAAUCAUCACCACCACAACCACCACCAACAUCAUCAUCAUCAUUCCAUACGUUCGUCGCACUACUACGGACCAAAUCUAACGCCUAAUGCCCAGGAAUCAGAAGAUGGUGUUAGUUUGAGCUACUCACUCGUAUCGAACGAUGUUGCGAAACGGAUAGAAUCGUCGGUGUGUGAUGCAGAAGCUGAACGGGAGCCAUUCGAUACUGGCUAUCUGGAUGGUGCGCAGCAGAUGAACGGCGGGGGAGAAGAUGAUUUUGUAAACCAAUUUACAAGGAUAACAUCAGUUGAGCAACGGCGUAGAUACAAGACUGAAUUUGACAACGAAUACAAGGAAUACCGGCGGCUGCAUGAAGUUUUGGAGAAUGCUUCAAGAAAGUUUGCUCAGUACGAAGAUGAUCUGUCGCACGAACCGAAGGAUACACAACGCUACAAGGAAAUUCAAUUGAAAAUUCUGAAAGAAUACGAAAGAAGUUUUAAAAACGUCAAAUUUCAACAAGACAAAGAGCGGUUUAACUAUCUUCAUAAAAAACUGUCUCAUAUCAAGCUACUUGUACGUGACUACGAUACUUCGAUAACUAACGGCUCGUGCAGGCCACAGGAGAAUUACUGACGAUUGUUGAAGCACAUGAAGCGCUCGUAUUUUGUAUGUUGAAAAAGACAAUAUUUAUUUUGAUGGGAUAAAUCAAUCAAUCGCUUCGUAAGCAGAUAUUUUCGUACAUGUUGCGGGAAAACUGUCAACAUUGUGUUAUAAUCUUUUGUUUUUGAACUUACAUUGUAAUUUUUAAAGAGUUUUUGGAACAAGCAUUAGGACGGCGUAUUGAUUUGAGCACAGCUUCACACUGAGCGUAUUGCGAAUGAAACUACGAGCCAAAAUGUCGAAAUCAUCACGAGUUAACUAAGUUAGCAUUUAUGAAUCAUCGACAUGUUUAACCGAUGCAAUUGGUUCAAUUAUCUUCUUACAAUUUCCUCUUUUUUGAUUCAUUUUCUUAAAGUUUCUAUUCAAUAACGUAGCUGUUUGUUGAACAGUUUUAAUACGAUUUAUUCUCAACUCUCUCGUUAUCCUUUUGCUUAUUUGCUAAAAACGGCUGUAGUAUACUUAUGUUAUGGGUUGUAUGAAUUAUUAAGUUUAUUGAUAAUUUCACAACCGAUUCUCCUCCUCUAUGAACUGUAUUUAGAAUGAGUGACACACAUCCGAUUAUACUCAUAUGCCUCAUUGUUGAGAUUGAAAUUUACUGCCUGGAUUUUUAAAUGUCAAUGCGAAUUGUUUUUGUGUGCAAAUCCAAUCACCUUGUACAGGAUGUGUUUGUCAUGCAUUGUCUGAGAAAAUAAUGUCAAGUAUGAACAAUUUUGAACACUAAAAAGUGAAGCUAUCAAUUUCAGCGUUGAACGAUCGUUUAAACAUGUGUUUAAACAUCUACAAACUUACAAAGGAUCUUUAAUGUUGAGGCAAUGAUAUUGAAUAUGUUGAAGAGCAUGACAGUAGAUCUACAAGAGUUUAUUUGAAUGCAUUGAUCCCGCGCAAAUCAUUAGAAAGCUAUAUAGUUAAUAUGCUCGAUUGAGGUUGAUCCUGUAACAGUAUAUAGUUGCCCUCGUGCUACAGGUAAGGAUUACAGUAAUGUAACUUGUAAUAAAUUUCACGGUUGAUUUAGAGAAAAGUAGCAAAUUGUCUUAAAUCUACUGCGCAGUCGCGUGUAAUGGCUUGGGAAUGAAAAAAGGUUAUUUAGUUGACUAGUGUUGCUUUUUGUUUGUUCCGUUAGUUAAUUGGUUAAUCAUUGUUUUAUCUAUAAGGUUAUUAAAAAGUAGCGCAAAGGUUAUGAUAAAUUGUCAGAAACGUGAAAUACAAAAGAAACCGUUCGCCACCGCCCGUUACUGCAAGCACAGUUAAAUUAGCAAAUGUCCGUGGUGUUAAGUGACAAGUAAAAAAACAGUGAAUGAAGGUUUGAGCUGAUGGAAAUGACAUGCGUAUCGGUAAUACUUGUGAUAGUGAUAUCAAUGAGCAGUGUACCAAGAGCAGCGCUACUACACACGUUAUUUGUAAGGAGCUUAUUGUUUACGAAACAAGCAACAAAAACACACACAUUGCCGCAUAUGUGCUCGCCAUUUGUUCAACUUAUUUCUAGUUUCUUCUUAACAUGAGUUAAUAAGUGGAAUUGUAGCAAAGGGGCAGUAAGGAAUUUCGUCGAAAGAAAACGAAAAGAGAUAUUAGUGCCACACUCUGUAAUCGAGGAAAAAAUAUUACGCAUUACAAGAACAUCCACUGAUGCAAAAGCAUCGUAUGAAGCUUGAUUUGUAAACCAAUUGAAUUAAGUAUCAAAUUUAAAUUACUGCAGGAGUUGCUAACGUUUUCCGGAAAUGAGAUUUUGAAUUCAUGAACCCAAAUAAUGCAACACGCUCCGAUUGUCGGGAAUGAUUUGAUCUUCAUGUUUUUGAGCGUUGCAAAAUCGAUGGCAUAAAUGUGCCAUGAUUGCCUUGUCAGAAUCAGGAAGAACCUAACAAUCAAAAUACGCUACCCAGUUCGUGUUACGUAGCGUAAACUCGUAUACCAAACAGGAUAGAAAACAUGUCCUUUUUUGUUUGAAUUUCUUGGAUUAUAAAUUGUCUAGCAAUUCAAUUCAAACACAAACUGACGACACUCUGGCCAAUUCAUCAUAGAUAAUUAGAUUAUCUGCGCUUUGUUACCACAAUUCUAAUUAAAUUAUGUUUGGUAUUUCACUUUUUUUGAAAUUUGUUUUUUUUUUCAAUGGCCCAUGUUGGCGAUGGCAAAACGAUAGUAGUCGAUGUGUUAACAGUAAGGUUUAGACAGAAUUUGUUUCGAUAUACAUAACCGCUGCUUCAUAACUCAACCGUGCAAUGUUGAAAUAAACUAAUGAAUUGUACAGUGUAUGCAAUGUUUUGCAGGUGGUAUACAUUUAAUUGAA